AUGGAAUAUCUAAAUAAAAGUGCCAUCAUAGGAAAACCUUCUAAAAAUUCACUUAGCAACGAAACAAGCCAAAAAUAUCAAAAUUUAGAAAAAGUUUCUGAAAAUUUUGAGUAUGAAAAGCGAGAAUCCAUUAUUCUCGACCAGCAAAUUGAAGAGCUGCAAAAAGAACUAGAAAACCUCAACCAAACCAACAGUGCUUUAUAUUCUGGGUCAUCUGAAUAUCAAUUACGAAACAAAGUCCUUGCGCUAGAAAAAAAACUUGGCCUUGAAACAACCCAUCUCAAUGAAUCUCGCUCACAAAAUAAAAUAAUCAGAGGAGAGGUCAACGGAAUCAGAAAGGACAAGACUUCUUAUCAUAUUUCAAUAAAAAACUUAAACAGCACUAUUGACAAUUUAACUCAGAGGGUUUCUGCUAAACAUGAUAAGCUCUCGCACAAUAUGGAGUCAGAUCUCCUAAACCAAACUCAAUUAAAAAAUUUAAGAAGCAAAAGCCAAAAGAAUACCAAUGAUUACAGCCAAAAAUUUAAUGAAUUAAGCUUUUUUAUUACUGAAGAAAGAGAAAGAGGUAUCAAAAUUAGGAAAAAAAUAGAAGAAGGAAUUUCUCAGCAAAUUAAAAAGCCCGUUGAUGCGGUAUUUAUAACUGACUUAUUGCAGAAACUUUUGAGGAAUUGAAAACGUAAAGUAAUAGAAAAGAAAAAUAUUUUAGAUAAUUACAUGAAGCAUAUUGAUAAUUUAGAAGACGCGUUUGAGCAAAUAGGGAAAGCAAAAGGGAUGUUCAGCUUAAAAGAAAUUACUACAGCAUUAAUAUACUGUAUAAAAUAGUAUUUAAUAUAUUUAUACACCAAUAGAUUUUCUAGGCUAUUUACCAUAAAAAUUAACUAAAUUCAGUAUAAAAUCAGAAGCUCAAUACCAGGAAGUAAAUAAUUACAUAAAUAAGCUGCAGGCUGAAAUUGAUUUUCUGACAGAAACCCAUGACGAAACUAGAGAAAUUAUUGAGUCUUAUAGGAUUGCAAAAAUUGAAGACUCUGAAAAAUUAAUUUCUUUCACACAGAAAUUAAGGAGCAAACAAGAAGAAUUUCGGAUCAAAAAAGAAUUAAAAAUCCAAGAGCUGAACAUUUUAAAGACAAAAUUCCAGUCAAUUAUGCCUGAAAUCAAAGUAUUUUUUAUAUAGAAAAUCUUAAAAUCCCUCAAAACAACACCUUUGGAGUUGACUUCGUCAGCUAAAACUGACAUUGAUGACAUUUCUACGCUAAACCAGCACAAUUUUACUAUUCCUCUUGGACAAAUAGAAGAAUAUAUAUGCUAUUUGCAGAUGUUUUUAGCUCAAAAAUCAGAAACUGAAGAAGAAGUUUGAAGAUCUAUUUCUUUAUUAAUUCCGAAUAAAGGCAGAAUCAGUGACCUUAAAGCAGUGACCAUAAAAGACGUGAUUGACUUAAAAGAUUUAUAUGCAGACCAAGAGCUUGAAGAAUCCAAAAGCCCAAUCCUCCUGGCUGACUUAAGAAAAAGAGCUAAAAAAAUCGUAAAUUCAACAACACCUGACCCUUUUGUUGGCAGAAGGUCUUUAAUUGUAUAA